AUGACAACCAGACAGAAAUACAAUUCUCUUUUACAGGUGGAUUAUUCCGUAAUAGCAUCCCAAGCUGGAGCUACCCUCAACAAUCUUAUGAGCCAUGCACAAGAACUAGUAGCAAAGCUUCGUUCCCUGCAGUUUGAUCUACGAGAAUUUGUAUGUCUCAAAUUCCUGGUGCUGUUUAGUUUAGAUGUCAAAAAUCUUGAGAACUUCCAGCUUGUGGAAGGUGUUCAGGAACAAGUGAAUGCUGCUCUGCUGGACUACACAAUGUGUAAUUACCCACAGCAAACAGACAAAUUUGGGCAGCUUCUCCUGCGACUACCAGAAAUCCGGGCCAUCAGUAUGCAGGCCGAAGAAUACCUCUACUACAAACACCUGAACGGGGAUGUGCCGUGUAAUAACCUUCUCAUUGAAAUGCUGCAUGCAAAGAGAGCAUAAAUUAUACCCAUUAGAGCUUCUGCUUUCAAGGAAAAAAAAAAAUGUAUCCUGAACUGCUCCAAGCAACACUAAUUAAAACGUGGUUUUAAGACUUUGCAAAAUGGUAUAAUAAUCAAAUACUAAUAGUAAAUAAGUGAUGUAUCAGGGUAUUUGUAUUGCAAACUGUGAAUCAUAUGCUACACAUCCCCAAAGGAAUCUAUAUAGGACUUUAUACUGGAGAGAAGUGAACUUACCAAAUGGAUACUAUCACCAAUGUCAACAUGAAAAAGGACAGAAUGAUUCUUGUAUAUUUAACUCUGCUGAUUGCCAAUAUGAAGAAACUUAGGAGAAAUAAAACUGAUCCGUAUUAUUGAGCUAAGAUAGUGGGGAAUUUGAGUGCGCUAAAUUCCUUCACUAUAUAGCAGGACUUCUAAAACAGUUAUAAUAGGUGCAAAACUGCAUCUAUAGCAUCUUCUGUCAUCCUUCCAA